CGUUGCCUCCGCACACAACUCUCCGCUUGUCCGAAACCAUUUCCUUCUUCGUAUUCUGAUCCUACAAGGAGAUGGGAGACAUGCAUUCCCUCUCCAACUUCUUCCUUCUUCGAUCUCUCGUUUUAGUGGCAGCAGCUUCCUUCUUCUCCUUCCAACCGGCGACGUCCAAUUUCUUCAGAGAUGUGGACGUCACCUGGGGCGGUGGACGUGCAGUCAUUGCCGGAGACGGCCAGCAGCUCAGUCUGUCCAUGGACAGGGCUUCCGGCUCCGGCUUCCAGUCCAAAAAUGAGUUUCUCUACGGGAAAUUCGACGUCACGCUGAAGCUCAUUCCGGGAAACUCUGCCGGUACCGUCACAGCAUAUUAUCUAUCUUGCCAAGGCCCGAAACAUGAUGAGGUGGAUAUGGAGUUCCUUGGAAAUCUUAGUGGCCAGCCCUACAUUUUACACACCAACCUCUACACUGAAGGCCAGGGAAACAGAGAGCAGCAGUUCUAUCUAUGGUUCGACCCUACCCAGGACUUCCACACUUACACCAUCCUGUGGAACCCAUACCAAAUAAUGUUUUACGUGGAUGGAACACCCGUAAGAGUGUACAAGAACAUGGAGGCAUCAGGCAUCCCAUACCCUAGCAAGCAGCCCAUGAGAUUGUACUCAAGCCUGUGGGAUGCAGAGGACUGGGCUACAAGGGGUGGGUUGGUCAAGACAGACUGGAGUCAGGCCCCCUUCACUGCUCAGUUUCGUGAUCUGACCAUUGAAGCUGGUGCGCGGACCGGCUCGGCCGCACGGAUCAACAGUCAUGGAAGAAGGAAUUUACCAACAUGGAUGAACCAGGGCCUUGUCAAUUCCUAUGCAGAUCAAGAGAAGCUGGCAUGGGUGCAGAAAAACUACAUGGUAUACAAUUACUGUAAUGAUCUGGGGAGAUUUCCUCAGGGUCUGCCAAAGGAGUGUUCAAGUGGACUUACCUAACUAAUGUGUGCCUGUAUGACUACAUCUUAUCUAUGCAAAUAAAUUUGGCCCUUGUGAAACAA